AUCAGUCCGUGAUUGUAUUUAACUGAUGCGGGGAAGGAAGGUUUCCCCCUGGAACUGUCCCCUAUUGACAUGACGGUAGCUGUUGCUGGGUCAUACAAUGCUCAGGAGGAGGAAGACCAGCGCCUCAGAACUCAAGAGGGAUCUUUCAGCUCAUGGAGGAGCUCUGUCCAUGUCACAAAACACGCGCUCUUUUUUCAACUUCUCUCAGCUGGUGCUUUCUGCUGGCCAUCUCAAACCACCACCAGCGCUCAAACAUUCAAAAAUCACUUACUUUGAAGUGGAGAUCCUUGAUGUGCACAGCAAGAAGCAGAUCUGCAUUGUAGACAAGAUACCUCCAUCAUCUACCCUCCUAGAUGUGAAACACAAAUUUCACAAAGCCUGUCCCCAGUGGUACCCUUCCCGUGUUGGCCUGCAACUGGAACGCAAUGGGCCCUAUUUGAAGGAUUCUGUUAACAUUCAAAGCCUUGCAGCGUCCUCCAUCAUUACACUGUAUUUUACAGACCUGGGUCAGCAGGUCGGUUGGACCACAUUUUUUCUAACAGAAUACACGGGGCCUCUACUAAUAUACCUGCUCUUUUACAUUCGUCUCUCAACUAUUUAUGAUCAAGUGGAAAGCACGAAGAACUUCCGCCACCCAGUGGUUCACUUGGCCUGCUUCUGCCAUUGCUUGCACUACAUCAGACAUCUUCUGGAGACGUUAUUUGUUCACAAGUUUUCUGGAGGGCACACUCCCCUGAAAAAUAUGAUAAAGGGCUGUGCCUUUUACUGGGGAUUCACUUCUUGGAUUGCAUACUACAUCAACCAUCCCCGAUAUACGCCACCGUCAUUUGGCCACAGACAAGUUUCCCUUGCUGCCCUUGCUUUUCUGAUGUGUGAAGCUGGAAAUCACUUUAUCAACGUAGCAUUAGCUCACCAAAAUCAUUCAGGAAACAAGGCCUGUUUUCCAAGUCCAACCUACAACCCCUUCACGUGGCUCUUCUUGCUGGUAUCCUGUCCCAACUAUACUUAUGAGGUUGGGUCUUGGAUUAGUUUCACAGUAAUGACACAAACCCUGCCAGUUGGCAUUUUUGCUUUCCUGAUGGUCAUCCAGAUGUCUCUCUGGGCCCAAAAGAAACACAAGCUGUACCUGAAGAAAUUUUAUCCAGAGGUGCGAAGAAAAGCAGCAAUGAUUCCUAUUGUCUUCUGAGCUCCUGGUGAAAGCUGAAGCUAAGUGCAUACAGUUCAAUAGCUAGCUCAGAGUAAAUGGGCCAUUUAAUUCCACAACCAAAGUGGGUCUGAGGAGGCACUACUGGAUAUUUUUUUCAGAAAAUUAACAGAUCAAAAAGCUUUCAAGUAAGUGGAAAAACAAAAAACAGCUCUUCAAUUCUUGAUUCUUGCUAAAAGGUAUUUAAUUAGAUUUUCUGCAAUGGAGCUAAUUGGGAAAGGAUGAGAAUUUUUUUUAUAUUUGAUUCUAGGCUAGUGCUUAGCUGGUUUAAAUGGGCAUGGAUGCUGUUAAAAUUAAUGAAAUCCAUACACCUAAUCUGUGUGUGUUCAGGUCUGGUGAUUUUAAGGUUUGGUGUUAGAUGUUGACCAGAUUCUCAGAUUUUUGCAUCAGAAGUUGUUUCCCUGCCUCAUUUCUAUUAAAUUGCACAGAAACAGCCUUGUUCUGCCUUAACUCCUCUAAAGCAUCACAACAAAGAAUGACUGCUAUAUGACUGCUAUGCUGCUAAAAUAGUUUAGUUUUACAAAGCUUUUCCUUUUUUUUUUUUUUUUUUUAAUUGAAUCUGACAGCAAAUUGUUCAGUGCAAAUAGGCUUCAUAUGGUCACUGCAGAGGAAGUCUGGUUCUCUUUCAUUUUCAGGCAAGCAGAUCAGCCCCACAGUCCCGGGGGGGACUGUUUGUGAGGUGCAUCCCAACCUGCUACUAACUUGUUGCUCGACCUUGGGUGCAUCACUUAAGUCAAUCCUUGUUUCUCAUGUUAAACAGUUCUGGAAACAGCAGUAGACUUUCUGGACUAACAAGCAUGUUAAGAUCCUCUUGUUCAGUGCAGGACAACAUCUGGCACUUGUGUCAAGCACUGUGAAAUUCCUGGGCAUGAGGUGAGCCAGAGUACUGCUUGUUAUUGGAAAGGAAAGGAAUUCAGACACAACGCCUGUCAGUCCCUCUCUGGCUUGCCUCAGAUGGUGACUACUGAAUGGCUUAUGCCAUGAACAGUGCUCACAGUCCUCUUCUAGUGUCUAAAGUCUCUUACUUACCUAUUUAUUGUCCACUACAACUCAGUUUCAACUUGCUAAUGGUCUCCUAAAUAAAUCACUUUCCAGAUCUUUUGUUUUAACUUUUAACCUGUUAACGUCUAAUUAUUUUCUUUCUCUCAAUGGAAAAUCUGAGUUACAGUAAAUACUCAGUUCACCCAGAGUGCUAAUAAAGACCACUUUCAGAAAAAGUACUUUCUGUACUCUUCAGUUUCUUACACCAAACAGCAAUACUUUGAACCCUUUUUUUUACAGCCAGUGGUAGAUAAACGAGUCACAAGUAUGUCUAUUUUAUACUCUAGUUACUGGGAUUGCUUUAAUUUCGGGUUUAAUUAAAUGCCUCCGUUUAGCAACUUUAAAGUUUAAAUAGUUGAUGAGGAAGGCUAAGUUGACAAAAUGCCUACUUACCUAAAAGGCUCCUGAUUGAAACUGCUGCAGCUUUAAGCCUAUCCCAGGCAUGCUACCAGAGUGACUCAAAGUAUGAGAAGCACAAUUAGCUUAGGCCAAAUAAGUACCUGCAGGAACCGUUUACCUCCCUACAUUACUUGUUGGUCAUACAGUAUGUGAGGAUGGGAAGAAGGGUGUCAGCUCCUGUAGCAAAUGACUGAAGUUUUAAAAUCAGGUUAAGAGCAAAGACUAGGUAUGAACAAAUGAUGAUACACUCACUAUAGCAGACUGAAAAAAAUAAGUGUGGCUGAUAUUUAGGGAUGUGGUCUUGACUUGCUAAAACUGCUCUGAAUUGUAUUAAGCUGCUUCAUGAAUAGUAAUAAAUCCAACUAUUUGCACAUU